UGCCGAGACUUCCCGAAACAAGGGAGGGUGUGUAUCAGCUCAGACGCCAAGUGCGGAACACGAACCAUCAAAGUGAAUGACACGUGUGCCACUAUAGCCGAUGAGGCUGGGGUGACUUGGACCCAAAUUGUUACCUGGAACCCAUUCCUCGGAAUUGGAUGCAAAGGAAUCAAGAACUAUGUCGGCUUCACAAUGUGCGUGUCUACUCCUGGUGGCGGCGCAGUCGACCCCAGUCCUGAGCCAGUAACGCCUACUUUGACUUUCACGUUGCCUCCAUUUGUCGGUAUGGAAGCUUCAUUGCUUCCUGCACCCACCAUGGGCGGCAUGAUCAACGGAUCAGACAUAUGGACCUUCCAGUUUGCUGAAGGCACGCGCAUGGACUGUGCAGCCUAUGCUAAUGGGACAGACUUUACUUCGGGCGCGUCUUGUGAUCAGGUCGCAGCCCAAUUCGGAAGUAGCAUGACGGACCUCAUUAGAUGGAAUCCUUCUCUCUCUCCCUCUUCCUGCAAGCUAGACGGUCAACUCACCUAUUGCGUCCGAGCAGUUACUCUGCGGUCACAUAAUAUGACACAAUAUUGUACACUAGAGGAUGUGCCAUCCCCAGGUAGCGAUUGUAAUACUUUUUUGGGUCUUUGGAAUCUCGAUAAAGAAACAUUCUCUGACUUCAACCCUUCCGUGGGUAAGAAAUGUGAGAAUUGGGCACUUGGAACGAGCUACUGCGUGUUCACGCGCCAUUUUCGACAAUCCGGCAUAAUAGCGACCUGCAACAGAUGGGACAUGGCCAAUGUAACGGACUACGGUGAGGAUGCAUGUGGAAUUUUCGAGAGGAAGUAUGGUCUUACCCAUGGACGGUUUAUAGCCUGGAACCCAAUGCUUAACAAUGAUUGUUCGGGGAUGCAGCGCUACAAUGACUAUUGUGUGGGUGUUCCAGGUAAGCACACGCGAGUUAAGUCCCAGUUGGCGAUUGAUGAGACUAAUUUGACCAGGUUUCACACCGACGAUUAA